ACAGGUCCAAGCUAAAAGGUGUUAGGUAAGAGUUAGGGUUUCAUAUAAGCAGAGAGAAAUCAGAAUUUGCACAUGGAUUCCAAUUUAAACCACUGCUCCUGUUUCUGUUACUGAUGCGCCAUACCUUAAUUCCUCCAAUCAAAAAUUUUUUCCUUUUUCUUUUAUAUGUUCCAUGGAUUUGUCGUCUCAAUCUACUGACACUUCAUCAACCCUCUCUUUGGGGCUAGUAUCUCCAUCGCCGCCGUCCAACCGUAGCCAGAUCGUCGAUGACUCCAUUACUCUCCAGCUGGACACCCGGGACACCACACACCCAGUCCCAGCAGUCCCCCUCCAACUACUGGAACCGCAAACGGAGAACCAUAACUCUCUCCAAAACGGGAACCUGAAAGAAAGCGAGAGUUACAACGAAGAUGAAGAGAGUAAGGAAGUGGAAGAAUUCCAUAUAUUAGGGCAUCCUAUGUGUCUCAAAAGGCGGAGAGACAGCUGUUCGUCGUCGUCGUCGUCGUCGACGAAGCGAAUGACGGUGGAGCCGGAUCUUGAGACGAGGAAAGCAACCGUGAAAUCAUGGGGCAGCCAGCCACUCCACGUGGCGGAUCCUGACGUGUUCGACAUAAUGGAACAGGAGAAAAAGCGGCAGUUCCUGGGAAUUGAGUUGAUUGCCUCUGAAAAUUUCGUUUGCCGGGCCGUUAUGGAUGCUCUUGGAAGCCAUUUAACCAACAAAUACUCCGAAGGUAUGCCAGGAGCAAGGUAUUAUGGCGGGAACCAGUACAUUGAUGAAAUCGAAACCCUUUGUUGGAAACGUGCAUUGGAAGCUUUUGGGCUUGAUGCAGAGGGCUGGGGAGUCAAUGUGCAGCCUUAUUCAUGUACCUCAGCCAAUUUUGCGGUGUAUACUGGGUUGCUGUUGCCUGGAGAUAGGAUCAUGGGAUUGGAUACGCCGUCUGGAGGGAAUACGAGUCACGGAUAUUAUACUCCAAAUGGGAGGAAGGUGUCUGGUGCAUCAAUAUUUUUUGAGAGUUUGCCAUAUAAAGUGAAUCCGCAAACUGGGUAUAUUGAUUAUGAGAAGUUGGAGGAAAGGGCACUUGAUUUUAGGCCCAAGAUAUUGAUUUGUGGUGGGAGUUCCUAUCCGAGGGAAUGGGAUUAUGCGAGGUUCAGACAAAUUGCGGAUAAGUGUGGUGCUGUUUUGCUGUGUGACAUGGCUCAGAUUAGUGGUCUUAUUGCUGCUAAGGAAGCUGCGAACCCCUUUGACUACUGUGACAUUGUUACCUCAACCACCCAUAAAAGCCUCCGAGGUCCCAGAGGAGGUAUAAUUUUCUAUAGGAAGGGUACAAAGCCAAGGAAAGGAGGGAUGCUCCUAAGCCAAGGAGAUGACAAUGAUCAAUAUGAUUUUGAGGAAAAGAUAAACUUUGCUGUUUUUCCAUCUUUGCAAGGUGGACCGCAUAAUAAUCAUAUCGCUGCUCUUGCCAUAGCGUUGAAGCAAGUGGCUACACCAGAGUACAAGGCUUAUAUGCAUCAAGUGAAGAAAAAUGCUCAGGCUUUAGCAUCUGCAUUGUUAAGAAGAAAAUGCAGGCUAAUUACUGGAGGCACGGACAACCAUUUGUUACUCUGGGAUCUAAGACCUUUUGGGUUGACAGGUAAAAUUUAUGAAAAGGUUUGUGAGAUGUGUCAUGUUACUCUGAAUAAAAUCGCUAUUUUUGGUGAUAAUGGUGCCAUUACUCCUGGAGGAGUAAGGAUUGGUACUCCUGCUAUGACAUCGAGAGGUUGCCUAGAGUCUGAUUUCGAGACAAUUGCUGACUUUCUCCUUAGAGCUGCACAUAUUGCCAGUAUGAUGCAGCGUGAUCAUGGGAAAUUGCAGAAGGCCUCCUUGAAGAGUCUCCACAAUAAUAAGGAUCUUUUGGAGCUCCGAACACAAGUUGAGACUUUUGCAUCCCAGUUUGCAAUGCCAGGUUAUGACAUUUGAAUGAAUUGUGGGGAUGCCUUUUACCAAGGAGUCUCAUUCUGCCUCCUAGACUAAAACCUGAUAUGACCCAAUUUCAGAUCCCCUGUGUGGUUUCUGAAUUAGCAACCACAAUUUUAUCGGCUACAGUUUUCGCAGUUGCCACCCAUCGUGAAUUUGAAUGCAAUCUCAGCAGAUGAAUCCUUGUUGCUCCAAGGAGGAAGCAAAGGUUGUUUUCCUGUAACCAACACACCCCACCCCACCCCACUCCACUCCACCUCACUUGUGUCUUCUAAAAUGUUGGCAGAAUGGCUGUGAAAAUGGGUUUUGCGUGGUAUGAUUGCAACAAUUUUGCAGUCAGACGCUCGCGUUUGGAAACAUAUUUCCCCUCAUUGCAAUUCUCCUAGUUGUUUGCAGAUUUGUUGAAUUUUGAUUAUAAGAAAUUAAACCCUGAAUUCUUUUCUUUUCUUUUCUUUUCAUUGUUUGAUACAAUGAAUCCAGUAUAAGAUCAACAAUUCGUUGAUCUACCUUUGCAAAUGUAUCACCAAAAUGUCAUCAUGUAAAGCAGCUUAUCAGCUCUUUGAUUA